AUGAAGGAACAAAGCAAUAAAUUUUUUCUUUUUAAAAUUUUUACAUAUAAUGCGCUAAUAUGGACGUGGCAGUAUUAUUCCAAUGGAGUAAACAAAAAAAUAUUUUAUAUAUAUACAUCUAAUGGCCUAAAUGUACUAAUGUUCACACUUCUAACACUUAUUCAUAACACUACUCAGGUGACAACUUGUGGCCAAUCAUUCGAUAACGAGUUUACAACAAACUAUGCUAUAGAUGCCAGAACUGGCAGAAUAUUAAGAGCAGGUGGAGAUGUGGACGUACAAAGCAAGAAUAAUUCCAUACAUGGAAGAUUAAUGGAUAUAGUAAAUGAAGAUGAUGAUAGUCAUUUUGAAAGGAGAUUAAAAUUAUUGAUAGAAGAUGAUGACUUCAAAAGUGAGUUUAAAUCCUUAAUGAGUAGCAAGAAAAAUGGAAAAAAAUCUAACGCACGCAAAUCUCAUGAUAAUAAGAAAGGGAAAAAAGGAUCCAAAGAAUUCUUAUAUAACAAAAGUUCGGAAAGCUUAUCUGAAAAUAGUAAUUAUUCAAGUAAAUCCACAAGAUCAAGAAGCACACGAAAAUAUGAAGAUAUAGAUGAAUCUAAAAAUUCCUUAGCAUCCACCAAAUAUAAUGGUAAUGAAACUGCAGAUGAAUCUGCAAACAAUGACGACGACAAGCAAUCAUCACGUAAAUCUUCAUAUCGUGACGAUGAUUAUUAUGAUGAUGAGAAAUCCCAUUCAUACUAUAAAGAUUCCGAUUAUGAUGACCAAUCAAUUAUAACUGCAAAAACAAAAAAAUCUGCAAAAGGAAAAUCAGACAUUUUAAACAUGUCAUAUGAAAGAAAAAAAGAUAGAGAUUUAAUAUCCUAUUUAAUGAAAUUUUUCAAAAAAUCUGAUGCUUUGUACGAAACCGAACUAAUCAAAUUGAUGUCUACAGAACAUAAGGAUCACAUCUGUGGUGGACCAGUUUCUAGAAAAAAAUAUAGCAAACUUUUCGCUGUUGCAUCUCCAGUUAUAGUAAACAUUGUCUUCAUAAUCAUAUCCCUACUAAUGACAUCAAAUGUAGGUAUGAUAACAUCUGUAAUACUUUUACUUUUAUCCGUAUUAUAUGUAUCGCGUAAAAGCAGAAAGUGCCGUAGAAUGGUAUCAAAUUAUGGUUCCUUUAACGACAUGAAAUCUGUAGAAUAUUACUUUGAUUAA